AUGGCGGACAUGAACACUGCUGAUCCGAAGAGAGAGAUGUGCAACAAUCGGUGCGAGGACACUACAUCCUUUGCGGACCUGGUGGACAAACAAAAUCCUCGGCUGCCGCUUGUUCCGAACCUUCCCGACUACUGCCCAUCCCCAUCAAGGAUGCUUACAAUGAGGAGAUGCCCUUUGGCGCCACGAAAGCCGAAACGUUCGAGCAAUGAUGCGGAGUCUACGUUUCCCUUGAAGCACCCCAAUAUGGAACUUCAAAGUAACGGUGCCAAGCGCUCAAAUGCACUCGUGAAUAUGGUUUGCUGGAAGGCUCUCAGUAUGGAAACCAACUGCAACGAGUCAUCGAAUGACCACGAAAUGAAUGUCUUCCCAACGAUCUUUGCAGGACAAGAAGAUGAAAACAAGGGGGUACCUUCCACUUUGGCCGUUGCCACAGGAGGUGCCCAUGCGGCGAUGUUAUCUCCCCUAUCGUCUCCCUCCAAGUUGCACGAUAACAGCACAUCUGUGCUGGCAGCGACAGUGUUUGCGGGACCACCUCCCCCACCUCGACCCAUGAACUUUCAGGAUGUGAUGGUGUUUACUCCACACGAGAAAGAGAAACGAAGGCCGCUGCCGCUGGGUCGAGGGGGUGAUUGCCUUCUGCUGCCAACUUUGUAA